UUUGAUCAUGACCGGAGUCAUGAAGUGGCCUGUGACACUUUGGAUAAUUCUGAUUAUAAGUCAAGCAGCUUUCGCCCAACUUAAGGAUGCUUCAACGUUUAAAGCAUCAAUUUGCAAGGGCAAAAAUGGCAUUCUGAUGCCAAUGUUUGGCAAAUGCCGCGGAUACUAUAUUUGUAAUGAUGGCAAAGCUAUAGCUGGAUCCUGCGACGAGGACAGUCGAUUUAAUCCUCUGACUUUGCAUUGCGAUGAUGCGGACAAUGUAAUUUGCCCGUACGAAACAUCAGCUGAUGACGAAGAUGAAUCGGACAUGGACUCUUCUGAAGAAGAUCAAUUUGAUCUGGAUAGUGAUGAAGUCGAGGAGCCGCCUGUUGUUAUGAAACCAUUGAAGCGACCAGCCAAGCCGCCCAAGGACCCUCAUCAUGAUAUAUGUCUAGGCAAAAGAAAUGGCGUAACCCUGCCCAAAACAGGAUCUUGCACUGAAUACUUUGUUUGUAAAUCGAAAAAGCCCCAGCUACGGCAUUGUCCAGGCCGACAACACUUCAGCUCAGCCCGCAAAAUCUGCAUGAAAGCGUCUAUGGCCAAAUGUUCCAUCAGCCCGGAAGAGCCCAAGUCAAGUCCGGCUAUUACAGCUGGCUUCUGCUCCGACGAGAAGCAAGAUGCUCUGAUUGCCCAUAAGGACGAUUGCAGUAAGUUCUUGCUCUGCAGCAAUAUGAUGUUCCUAGUUAUGGAUUGUCCACAAGGACUGCAUUUCAACACCAAAGCUAAGCGCUGCGACUACCCAAAGAUCGCCCAGUGCAGUAUCGAUAAGAAGACAACUAAGAAAACGAAGCCAAAACAACUAAAUAAGAGAAAGCCAAAAGCAUAAACUUUCUAAAUAUAUAUGUACCUAUAUC